UUUGACAAAAAAAGAAUGAGGGCUCCAAGUGAUGAUUUGAACGAGUCACAAAUGCAGGAUGCCAAGCGUCCAAGAACAAAUCACGGUGAACCUGAACCAAAAUCCAUUGGUGGAGGUAGGCCUAUUAAAAGGUCAACCAGUGGGUCUGGUCUUAGAGGCAAGAGACCAGGACCUACAACCUCUCUGCGGAAGCGAGCUGCAACACCCCCAGCUUCUACCAGUAUUAGAAAGAGGCAGCCCACUCCCCCACCACCAGCUAAAACAAAACCGCCUCCUACAGCUGCAAGAUCGCUUACAAGAACUGCUGCUGCUACCUCUAAGUCUGCGGUGGGACGCCCACAAGCAAGCAAAGCUGCAAAUGCUCAAUCAGCUUCUGGUGCUAUUAGUAAAACCAGCAAAAGAGCAGCGUGGGAUUACAAGGGACGUCUUCAGGAUAUGACGUCAGUCGUGGACUCAAUGAAGAACAGUAAUGCUGAAAUGCAGCAAGUGAUGCUUGAAACUCAAGAAAGAGUCUUGCACUUAGAGCAAGAGAGGCAACAGCUGGAGGGCACUGUACAGGUUAAAGAACGCCUGACCACUGAAACUGAAGAAAAGGUUCGUUCAUUGGAGCAAAAUCUUCGUGAUAGGAGGAUAAGAUUUAUCUUCUUGAGCGCAAAAACUCUCGGUUAGAGAUGGUUCAUGAUGAUUUACAUGCUAAGCUGAGAGUGGCUAAAGAAGAAAAUACUGGCUUGAGAUGUUCCAUUUCAAAAAUGAGCUCUGAGAAAGUUGGACUAGAAUCUGAGCUGAGCAGUUUGAAGCGUAACAAAGAACUAUUAGAGACUAAAUUGAGGGAGAAAGAAGAAGAGUCCCUAACACGUUUGGAAACUAUAAAAUCUUUGGAAACCAAGAUUGAAGAGCGCGAUGCACAGAUCAUGGAUGAUGAAGCACAAAGGAAAAUACUUCAUAACACUAUUCUAGAAUUGAAAGGUAAUAUCAGAGUCUUCUGUCGUGUCAGACCUCUCCUUGAUGAAGAAAUAAGUGGCCAGGCCUUGGCAGCCCCAAUGUCUUUCCCAGACAGAGAACAAAAAGCAAUCGAACUAGAAAAACCAGCUGAAGAGAGUGCUGUUGGAGGCCAGAAAAAAAAAGCUUCAAAAUACGAGUUUGCCUUUGACAGAGUUUUCAGUCCUGAAACGUCACAGAAUGACGUAUUUGAUGAGAUAUCGCAGCUUGUGCAGAGUGCCCUCGAUGGCUACAAUGUGUGCAUUUUUGCUUAUGGACAGACUGGCUCAGGUAAAACUUUCACUAUGGAAGGUCCGGAAAACUGUACUACUGAAACACGUGGUAUGAUUCCCCGGGCAGCGUCGCAGAUAUUUGACAGUUGUGAAAGUUUGAAAGACAUGGGAUGGAAGUAUGAAAUGGAAGCCUGUUUCCUUGAAAUCUACAAUGAAACAAUCCGUGAUUUGCUGGGACCUGCCAAUAGCAAAGAGAAACACGAGAUAAAGUUAUCCGGAAGUAAAAGCUCUGAAGUAGAAGUGACUAAUCUGACCGUUGUCUCACUUAGCAAUGAAAGACAGAUUAACGACCUGCUACAGACAGCAGCACAAAACCGAGCAGUAGCAGCCACUAAAUGUAACGAGAGGUCGUCUCGCAGCCACUCUGUAUUUAUCAUCAGGUUGAAGGGGUUUAACGAACUUACUGGAAACAGCUGUGAGGGUACCUUGAAUCUGGUUGAUUUGGCCGGGAGUGAACGGCUUUCGCAGAGCGGCUCGAAAGGGGAAAGAUUGAAGGAGACUCAGAAUAUCAACAGGAGUCUUGCCGAACUUGGUAAUGUCAUCAUGGCAUUGGCCAAUAAGGAACCUCACAUCCCGUACCGGAAUAGCAAGCUUACACAUCUUUUGCAGAACUCGCUCGGAGGGAAUUCCAAAACGUUGAUGUUUGUGAAUAUUUCUCCAAGAGAAGAGAGCCUUUCUGAAACGUUAUCAUCAUUGCGAUUUGCCACAAAGGUAUGUUUGUCUUGUGUAAUAAUAUAA